AGCAGAUACACACACACACACACACACACAUACACAUACACACACACACACACACACACACACACACACAGAGGCAGCUGAGGCUCCGCCCCAUGCUGCAGUCUCCAGGUCUCUCCAGUUUUCCUCCUCAGUGUUGCAGAUCAGCUGCAGCUGCUGUGGAUCUUUAUCCAGACCUGACCUGGUCCUGAGCUAUUCCUCUGAGUUCUGCUGGGUUCUCUGUGUGUUGGAGUUCUGGGGGAACAUGAGGAGGAGAGGAGGAGAACACAAAACUGUGGCCUGAGGAGGAGAGCAGAUUCAGAGCUGCUGAGCAGGAUGUCACAAAACGUGUCAUCUCUGGCUCUUCCCAGCAGCUCUGUACCCCCAACUCCUCUCAACAUCUCCCAGUAUCCCCCUCUGACAAACUGGGAGCCUCCCAGUUUUACCCGUGCUGCUCAGUUCCGAGUCGGCGCCACCUUUUUCCUCUUUGUGUUUGCUGCCUGCAGUAACCUCGCAUUGUUGACUAGUGUAUGGUGUGGGCGUGGCCGGCGGCUGUCGUCUCACUUGCGGCCGCUGAUGCUGAGCCUGGCAUCGGCUGACCUGAUGAUGACCUUUGUGGUGAUGCCCCUUGAUGCUGUGUGGAACAUCACGGUGCAGUGGUACGGAGGUGAUGCUCUCUGUAAGUUGCUCUGUUUCCUGAAGCUAUUCGCCAUGCACGCUUCGGCCUUCAUCCUUGUCGUGAUCAGCCUCGACCGCCACCACGCCAUCCUGCACCCGCUGGACGCUCUGAGCGCGCACCGCAGGAACCGAUGCAUGCUCCUCCUGGCCUGGAGUCUGAGCUUGCUGCUUGCAUCCCCACAGCUCUUUAUCUUCAGAACCAUCAGAGUGGACUCAGCAGACUUUACUCAGUGUGUGUCUCAUGGCAGCUUCAGUCACCGUUGGCAGGAAACAGUUUACAACAUGUUUCACUUCAUCACUCUGUAUGUCAUCCCACUGCUGAUGAUGAUCUGCUGCUACAGCUGCAUCCUGCUGCACAUCAACCAGCAGCUUCUGCAGGACAAAGCAGGUGAAUCAGACCUGCGUCGCAGCGGCACCGACAUCAUUCCCAAGGCUCGGAUGAAGACUCUAAAGAUGACAGUGGUCAUUGUGCUAUCCUUUAUUGUGUGUUGGACUCCGUAUUACCUGCUGGGUAUCUGGUACUGGUUUCAGCCCGACAUGCUGCGUGUCACACCUGAGUACAUCCACCACGCCCUUUUUGUGUUUGGAAAUCUGAACACCUGCUGCGAUCCAGUCAUCUACGGUUUCUACACACCAUCUUUCCGUGCCGACCUGGCUGCCUUCUGCCAUCAGACAAAGAGCGACCAAUCGCCGAAGUCUCUGGAUCGACUAUCUGGUAGACAGGGUCCUCACAGCGGCGAGGAAGAUCAGCAGCCCAGCUCUGCCCACAAGGCUCUGUCAGAUGGACCAACGAGAGGGAAGAAGAACACCAUUUGACUUUCUUUUUGUUUUUCUGCAUUGAUGGUUUUAUUUCUUUGUGUCUGGAGGUGUCUCUCAGUUUGUCUCAGUUCUGCAGUAGAUUUAAUCUCACAGAAUAAAGAGGUUUAACUGAU